AUGAGUGUGAUCGCCUGUGAAGGGCCUGAGCGGUUUCCGAGGCCUGAGACCUAUAAGCAAUGGCAGGUUAGGAUAUUAAGAGCCGGGUUUAGGCCAGCGAAACUAAACAAACAGAUCAUGAAGGAAGGGAAGAAGUUAGUGAGAGAACGUUACCACAAAGAUUUUGUAAUCGACAAUGACAACCACUGGAUGGUUCAGGGCUGGAAAGGAAGAGUCAUCUAUGCUCUUUCCUGCUGGAAACAUGCUAAGAAGCAAUAA